AUGAGACUACAUUAUGAUGCUGUAUGUCAUAUGUCACGAGCUGGAAAAAAGGUAGCUCUCUUGGAAAAAGGUCAGGAAAGAUGGCCAGGAGAAUACUCAAGUGAAUCAACUGAAUGUUUAAAGCAGUACAAUAUAGCGAUAGGUCUGCUUCUGGACAUAAAAGGUACCUCGCUUGUGAACACAAAUGUGGCUCUUGAGGCAGGUCCACGUGUUUGGAAAAUGACUGCUUGGCCAAUGG